AUGAAUGGAGGAGAAGGGUGGCGCGUGAUUACAUGCGCCGCUGGUGCUCAGGAUAAGACGAUAAUCAACAGUGUAAUGCUCAGAUUCCGGCCGAUUGCGCCGAAACCAGUAACCGACGGCUCAAGCUCCGGCUCCUGGAAGCCGGAGAACAAGAACGGUGGUGUUACUAGUGUAAGGACAAAGAGGAAGUACGUUAGGGUUAAGAAAAGUAACGAAUACUACAAAAGAAGAAGAAAAAAGAAAUCAUCAGAUCUAGAAAGAGAUGGUAGAGAAGAUGAUUCAAACGAGAAGCUUUUAACGCUCCAGCUACUUCCAGAAAAAACUGAUCUAACACAAGAUUCAACCAUAGUUAAAGGAUCUAGUAGUCGUGAUGAUCGUACGGUCAGAAAAGAACUUGUGCAAGAGUGUACAGAUCCAUCCUCGUUGUUGAACUCCAGAAAACAGGUAACUGAUGAUCUGUGUUUGCUUACUUUCACAGAUCGGACGGCGGCGAUGGCCGAGAAGAGAACGAUAGAGACGUGGGUGACGGUGGAGAGCGUGACAGACACGUGCAUGGAUUUGGUGGGAGGAUUAGGGAGUACGGACGAGGAAAAAAUGAAUAAUCUGAAGAAGGACACGUGUCCGGGGUUUAUAUCGGACGGUAGAACCAAGGUAGAGUGGGUGAACGAAGCAUAUAAGAAGAUGGUGAUGGUGCGGCCGGAAAAUAACAACAGGAAGUACCCACCGGCGGAUGAAAUAACGGUGAAGUUGGCAAUAAAAGAGAAACUAUUGCCAUAUCUGUACAACCCAGCAUUUACAUGCUGGGUUAGGUUGCAGUACACGUGGCAGAAGGAGAAGUUCUCACAGAUGGUACCGUGUGAUGUAUGGAAGAUGGAAUCCGGUGGGUAUGCAUGGAAGCUAGACAUUAAGGCAGCUCUAAGUCUGGGUCUUUGA